AUGACCGUUCGUGGUAUAAAAGUCACCUCUCUAUCUUUUUUCUGUGUCUUUCGGCAAUAAGAACACCUCUUGAAGAAGAAGAACAAAGAAAACUUCAGAAACCCUCGCCAAUGGCGAAACCGAAGAACAAGCUCUCCUACAUCUCUAUCCCUGCUCCGAUCAUACCAUCUUUCUCCUCUUCUUCUCUCCAAAACCUCCUUCUCUCUCCCAAAAAAUCCUCCAAAAAUACUAACAGAUUCUUCACCACAGCCAAAAACACUAGAUUCUUCUUCCUCUUCCUCUUCCUCUUCUCCUUCAUCGGAAUGACCAGGAUCGGCUUCAAUCUCGAUCCUUUCCUCCCAUUUCCGCCAAAUCCGUGCUCGAUCCAGGAACAACUUCUACCAGCGAUCCCGACCGUCGAUUCGGUUCUUCCGAUCUAUUCGACUGAUCACGAUGGGGAGAAGGACGGAGAAGAUGAGGGAGAGGCGGAGUUCUGGAAGCAGCCGGAUGGGUUGGGUUACCGCCCGUGCUUGGAUUUCAGCGUGGAGUAUCGGCGGUCGAGCAAGGUAGUGGUGAAGGAGAGAACGAAGUAUCUGAUGGUUGUGGUUUCGGGAGGGUUGAAUCAACAGAGGAAUCAGAUCGUUGAUGCCGUUGUCAUUGCCAGGAUUCUAGGCGCUGCCCUCGUUGUUCCGAUCUUGCAAGUGAAUGUGAUUUGGGGAGAUGAAAGUGAAUUUUCUGACAUAUUCGAUUUGGAGCAUUUCAAGAGAACUCUUGCAAAUGAUGUGCACAUAGUUUCUUCUCUUCCUUCAACGCAUCUGAUGUCGAGACCGGUUGAGGAGAAGCGGACUCCUCUCCAUGUAACUCCCAGAUGGAUACGUUCAAGGUACUUGAAGCGGCUUAACAAGGAAGGCGUAUUACUUUUGCGUGGACUGGAUUCCAGACUCUCUAAGGAUCUCCCUUCUGAUCUUCAAAAACUUCGGUGCAAGGUGGCAUUCCAGGCGUUGAGAUUCUCAGCUCCCAUCUUGGAGCUCGGGAACAAGCUCGUGGAGAGGAUGCAGAGCAAGGGGCCUUACAUUGCUCUCCACCUACGCAUGGAGAAGGAUGUAUGGGUGAGGACUGGUUGUCUUCCUGGGUUGAGCCACGAGUCUGAUAAGAUCAUCACCAAUGAGCGGAAAUUGCGACCAGAGCUCCUUACUGCAAGAUCUAACAUGACUUACCAUGACCGCAAGCUUGCAGGACUCUGCCCCUUGAAUGCGUUAGAGGUUUCAAGGCUGCUUAACGCUCUGGGAGCUCCAAGAAAUGCAAGGAUAUACUGGGCCGGAGGAAGCCCGUUUGGGGGAGAAGAAGCGUUGCUGCCUCUAACCAGAGAAUAUCCCCAUUUUUACAACAAGGAGAACAUCUCCCUACCAGGGGAGCUGGAGCCAUUUGCCAACAAAGCUUCUUUUCUCGCAGCCAUUGAUUAUAUAGUUUCAGAGAAGAGUGAUGUUUUCAUGCCAUCUCAUGGAGGAAACAUGGGCCGUGCCAUUCAAGGACACAGGGCGUACGCUGGGCACCGGAAGCACAUAACCCCUAACAAGAGGGAGAUGCUCCCUUACUUUCUGAACUCCUCUCUUCAGGAAUCCGAGUUCAAUAGGAUCAUAAAGGAGCUGCACCAGGGCUCGCUGGGACAGCCGGAAAUGAGGACCGGCAAGCCUGGGAGGGACAUUGUAGCAUAUCCGGUUCCUGAGUGCAUGUGCAACGGCUCGAAGAACAUGCGAAAAAGACCACUGCUCUGAUUUGGAUAAAAUUGUGCAAUUCAUUCGGUGUUGGAUUGUUAGGACACGUCGGCAGGGAGAUGGAUUUUUGCAAUGUAAAUAUGGUAAAUGUAUGCAGUUGCAUACAUUUAUACACGUAUGUAUGCAUAUAUGAUUGCACUCUUUGAUGGAUAUGGGGAGGCGAGGGGAGGGACAGGGAGUGAAGGGGAGAGAAGUUGGUAGUUAGUCAUGCCCAUUUUUUUGUAGCCCAUUCUUUUAUUCUUUCUGGUAGAAGGAAAAAAAAAAUCCAGAAAAUAUAAUCUUAUUCUUUAUGAAUCAUAUGCUUCCUUAUAUGCAUGUACGGCUACGAGAUGAAUAAUGCGUGUACAAAUGAAGAGUAUUUUGUUA